AUGAAGGGCAGCGAGGCGGCCAAGGCGAGCGACUACGCCAACUACUUCAGCUCCUACGCCUUCAUCUACCACCAGAAGCAGAUGCUCAGCGACGGCGCGCGCAUGCGCGCCUACCGCGACGCCAUCCUCGGCAACCCUGAGUGCUUCGCGGGCAAGGUCGUCCUCGACGUCGGCGCCGGGUCCGGCAUCCUCAGCAUGUGGGCGGCGCAGGCCGGCGCGAAACGCGUCAUCGCCUGCGAGUUCACGAAGAUGGCCGACCACGCCGAGGCGCUCGUGGCGGCCAACGGCCUCCAGGACGUCGUCGAGGUCCGCCGGUCCGCGGCCGAGACGCUCGACCUGAAAAAGGGCGACGUCGACGUCAUCGUGAGCGAGUGGAUGGGCUACUUCCUCCUGCGCGAGUCCAUGCUCGACAGCGUCAUCUACGCGCGGGACCACUACCUCAAGGACGGCGGCGCCCUCUUCCCGAACCGGGCCGCGCUCUUCUGGGCGCCCGCGAGCCUCCACGGCGCGCGCCCGCGCGGACGCCGACCGGCGAGCCGGGACGCCGACGCGAUGGCCGACUGGGACGCCUUCCAGGACGCGACGCGGGCCGACUUCGGCGUCGACGUCUCCGUGCUCCGGGCGCCCUACGUCGCCGAGCAGGACGACUACUACCUGCGCCCGGCCGCGCGGCACGGGGCCGCCGGCCCGGGGGACCCCCGCCGCGCGUCGGCACGCGCGAGCUCGGUCGACUCGCGGGGCAUCGAGGACGCGCCCUUCCGCUUCCCCGUGCCCCUGGACCGCUGCGCGGCGUUCGCCGGAUGGUUCGACACGUACUUCGAGGGCUCGCCGAGCUGCCCGGCGAAGAACCCCGUGACGCUGUCGACGUCGCCGGCCGACGGCUACACGCACUGGGGCCAGCAGGUCUUCUUCGUGCCGCCGGCCAAGGUCGAGGCCGCCGUCGCCGACGCCGGCGGCCACCCGCGCGGGCCCUCCUCGACGGUCGGGACCAUCUCCCUGCGACGACAGAAGGAGGCCGUCCGCCUCUACAACAUCGCCGUCAAGCUCGAGGUCGUCCCGGACGACCCGACGACCCUCGACCUCGACUGGGAGCUCUCCUAG